GUCAAACAACUUGAUGAAACUGAUAAUAUCAAGAAUGGUGAAUAUCCAGGAUAUCCAAAACUUCUUGAUGCUGAAAAAAGAAGUAAAGUACUAGCUGAAGCCCUUAACAAUACUUAUCCUGAUCUUAGUAUUACAUCAAGAAUGGUUAGAGGGAACCUUCAGAAACUUGGUUAUCAUAUUGCAGUUUCCUGUCCUGUUUUUCUUCUUAAAAAACAAACUAUGAUCUGUUGGGUUGCUUGG